AUAAUUAAGGAAUCUAAAUCUUUCGUGACUUUUUUUACCUAAAAAUUUCUAGAACUUUUCAUUCCAUUUAUUUGUAGGACUCUUCCUUUUAAUUCUCCUUUCAUUUUUUUUUUUAAGUUUUUAAAAAUAUAUAUUAUUAGUAUUUAUUUAUAACUAUAAUUUAAGAAAAUAGUAAAAAAAACCACUUUAUCUACUGAAAAUUAUUUUAAUGAAGAGAAAAAACUUCAUAUUUUUAAUAUAUUAUAGAUAUAGAUUAUACAUUAUAGAUAUAAAUUUUAUUAAUUAUGCAGUAAAAGAAUAUAAUAUAAAUUAAUUUUUUUAAUUAAAGUAUUAUUAUUUUUAUACUUAGGGGUCGUUUGGUUUGAGGUAUAAAAAAUUGAAGGAAUAAGUUAUCUCGAGAGAAAAUCGAAGAUCACUUAAUUCCUUAUUUGGUUGGAGGGAUUAAUCCAACCCGGGAUAAUUUAUUCCAUUAUUUUUUCCUUAGUGAUAGAAUAACUUAUCCUAUAUACAUGAUGGGAUAAAUUAUCUCGAAUAAUUUUAAAAUAUCUAAUCCCAAUAUUAGUUAUUCCAAGAUAACAAAUUCCCAACCAAACGAUGCCUUAGAGUUAGCACGGCUACAAAUAACUAGUACUCUGGUAUUUAAUAUAUAGUACUAUAACAAAUACUCUAUCAAAUCAAAUGUAGAUUGUUUUUCCUCCUGUUUUAAGUUGAUUCUUCCAUUGGGUUUGGCUUGUACACCCGUACUCCCAAUCACCUAUUGAGCGUACUGUGUACCAUUGUUUUUGUGUUCAGUAACAAUGGCGGGGACACUCCAAAUUCUAUUCCUCAAUCCUCCGGCCAUCGGAUAUUCACUUUCUCGCUGCCGGCGUCCGACGACCCACUUCCCAUUUUCUGGCAUCAGGUCGCAUCUUGUUUCGAAACUCAGUUCAUCCGUUAGGGCCUCGUUACAACAUUCAAAUAAGGGAAAUGGUCGUGGAGACCAUCUUCCACAGGCUACUGCAAAAGACUUUGAUUGGGUAAAACCACUUUCGGGUUUUGUAUCUAACAAUUUUUUGCCUUUAGCUUUAAUUGGUGGAGUAGCAUUAGGGCUUGCUAAUCCUACACUUGGUUGCCUGGCUGAUAGAUAUUAUCUAUCCAAAGUUAGCACCUUUGGCAUAUUUAUAAUCUCAGGGCUCACAUUGCGUAGUGAUGAAGUAGGUGCUGCCGCUGAAGCUUGGCCUGUUGGGCUUUUUGGUCUUGUUUCCAUUUUGUUCUUCACUCCUUUUUUUUCCAAGAUUAUUUUGCUGCUAAAGCUUCAACCUCAAGAAUUUGUCACAGGGUUGGCCAUAUUUAGCUGCAUGCCCACAACACUAUCUAGUGGAGUAGCACUAACUCGGUUUGACUGCAGGUUUCACUUAAACACAGUUAGCAGGAGGAAACUCUGCUCUUGCGCUUGCAAUGACUUUAAUGUCAAACCUUCUAGGAAUUCUGAUUGUACCUUUUUCGAUCUCCAAGCUCAUAGCUGCUGGGGUUGGUGUGUGUGUUCCAGCUGGGCAGUUGUUCAGAAGCCUUGUUCUCACACUUCUAGUUCCUCUUAUCAUAGGGAAGGCGUGGCUGAGUUUUCUGAUCGAAAUCGUAAGCUUUUAUCAAUGAUGAGUUCUCUCCUCCUCAGUUUAGCCCCUUUUAUACAAGUGAGCAGAUCUAGGUCGCUGCUUUUAUUGGUUAAACCAGCAGUUUUUCUUCUUGCUGUUGUGUUAGGAGUGCUUCUACAUCUCAUCCUCUUUGCUUUUAAUGCUCUGGCAAUACCAUUACUCUCCACUAUUUUAGGGGGUAGUGAAUCAUCUUUUUCGAAGAAGCAAAACAUUAGUGCUCUUUUACUAGUUGCAAGCCAGAAAACUCUGCCUGUAAUGGUAGCAGUAGUGGAACAGCUUGGUGGUGCUCUUGGUGAAUCUGGUUUACUGGUUCUUCCAUGUAUAGCAGCACAUUUGAACCAGAUCAUCUUGGACUCUUUUUUGGUGAGCCUUUGGUUUCAAAAAGAGAAUGAUUUGAAGACUGCUUAAAAUCAUCUAGAGUUCCUUUAUGGUGUGUGCUGCACAUUGAAAUGUUCUGCUUCCCGGAAGGGAUAAUUCACAUUGUCAGUCGAGGAUUAUUGCCUCGUUUCCAGUUUGUGUAGAUGAACUUCUUUAACAAUUUUUUUUAUUGAUACGUUGGCUCAGUUUUGAGAAUACCAUCAUCCGAAUAUCAUAGCUUUUCUUCUUGAAGAACAAUAAUAAUGCACAUGCAAAUCCUUAAGACGGUGUAUAAAUGCCAACACAACUACAUUGUUCUAUAUCUUUCUACUUUCACUUGUCAUUUGUCCCUAAUCUCUAA